AUGCUCCGUCAGAUAGUCUUGCUAUUGAUUGCUCUACACUGGUGCCUGAUUCAUACACUUGCCGCUCCGGCAUUGAGCGAUCAGCUAGCGGUAUCUGAUACCUUGCUCGCCGACGGGCGGUUUGACUAUGUUGUCGUCGGGGGUGGUACCGCAGGCAUCGUCGUGGCUACUCGCCUAGCACAAAAGUCCUAUACCGUUGCAUUGAUCGAGGCUGGGGGGUUCUACGAGUACCAAUCACUUUCUGCUAUUCCUUUAGCAUGCUUGAUUCCGGUUGGAUCAGAUUCGCGGAACAAGUUUCCCACUGAUUGGGGCUUUGUAACCCACAACCAGCCAGGGGUAAACAAUCGAGCUAUCCGCUAUGCCCGAGGAAAAUGUCUCGGUGGAUCGUCGGCGUUAAACUUCAUGAUUUAUCAACGACCCACUCGAGGUACCAUGAAGCAGUGGGCAGCUGCUGUAGGUGAUAGCAGCUACACCUUCGACCGCGUCUUGCCCUAUUUCAAACGGAGUGUCCACUUUACGCCUCCCAACCAGCAGACUCGAUUUCCCAAUUCGACUCCGUCGUUCGAUCCAGCCGCCUACGAUCCCCACGGAGGGCCAUUGCACGCGUCGUACUCUAACUACGCUAUGCCAUUCUCCUCGUGGAUGAGACUCGCAAUGCACAGCAUUGGAAUCGAGGACCGGGAUGAGUUUAACCUUGGGUCUUUGUUGGGGGCCCAGUAUUGCACAAGCACGAUCCGACCGCUGGACCAAAAAAGGAGCAGUGCCGAACGCUCAUUCCUUGAAACAAAACCUCCUUGGCUGACUAUUUAUACUUAUGUAUUGGCAAAGAGGAUCUUGUUCAACUCGCAGAAACGUGCCACAGGUGUUCUAGCGAAGGGUAAACUCGGCGAGUUCACGCUGCAUGCCAACAAGGAGGUCAUCAUCUCUGCGGGUGCAUUUCAAUCACCGCAACUGCUUAUGGUGUCUGGUAUUGGCCCGGCAAAGACACUCGAAGGUCAUGGAAUCCCUGUUUUGGCUGACCGUCCUGGGGUCGGUCAGAAUAUGUGGGAUCAUCCAUUCUUCGCCCCUUCGUACCGGGUUCGUGUGCCAACGGUGCCAACGUUGUUGGCGAAUCUUUUAAACCUCCUCACGCAAGCGGUCAAUGCUGUUAUCUUCCAACAAGGACCCUUUACUAGCCCUCUCACAGAUUAUCUCGCAUGGGAAAAGAUUCCCAAUAGCUUACGGGCAAACUUCUCCAGGAAAACUAUUGAAGAUCUAGCACGCUUUCCCAGAGACUGGCCAGAAGCGGAGGCAUCAUAUGUCGGUGAUGUUUCCAAACCUCUCUUACUUCAACCCAGGGAUGGCUAUGACUACGCAUCAAUAGUCGGUGUCCUAGUCGCUCCAACAUCCCGGGGUAACGUAACAAUCCGGUCGGCAGACACUGUCGACCUUCCAACAAUCAACCCAAACUGGCUAUCCACUGAAACAGACCAGGAGGUAGCAAUUGCGACAUUCAAGCGAAUACGGCAGGCCUUUGCGAGCGGUGUCAUGACGCCCAUACUGAUCGGAAGUGAAUACUAUCCAGGAAAUCGCGUACAGUCCGAUGCCGAGAUCCUGGAGUUUAUCAAAAAUAAUAUGAUGACCAUCUGGCAUGCCGCUUGCACUUGCAAGAUGGGGACCGCGCAGGAUGAAAUGGCAGUGGUAGAUUCACAGGCAAGGGUGUUUGGCGUUGAUGGCUUGCGCGUUGUUGAUGCGAGUGCAUUCCCACUUCUUCCUCCAGGACACCCGCAGUCCGUUGUUUACAUGCUGGCCGAGAAGAUCUCCGACGCAAUCGCGUUGGCAAACGGGACAGGUGAAAGGCGUUAG